GCAAGUGACGGACCGCUGCGAGGACAAGCUCCUUUCAGAUGAAGAGGUUUCAGAGAGCCUGCUGAAGCUCUUCAGAGUCCUGCGAAGGGCUGAUCAUGGGCAGCAGCUCCGAACAGUCCAGACUCACUUCCUCAGGCAGGAAGCCUAGCACGUUGCACUUUGCAGGAACAGGAGUGUUUGUCACCAGGGGAUUUGUACCAAAAGGAACUACAGUUGCCAUGUAUCCUGGCACAGUGUACCAGGCCUAUGAGCCCAUACUUCUCCAGUCAAUCAGAAACCCCUUUGUCUUCAGAUGUAUUGAUGGCGUCCUGAUUGAUGGAAAUGACAAAGGCAUCUCCAAAAUGGUGUACAAGUCAUGCAGUGGCAGGGACCGAAUAGGCCCCUUCAUGAUGAGUGACACCAGCUGGCUGACUGUCAGUCCCCAAAACCCACUUGCCAUGGGUCAGUAUGUGAACAACUGCUCCAACGAGUGGCCUGCCAACGUGUGUUACCAGGAGUAUGACGUGCCUGACAAGUUUCCCAUUGAGCUCCGCCAGUAUCUUCCUAAUAUCAACUACAGCCAGGACACACAGAGACCUCUACGUUGUGUUGUCCUGGUGUCACUCAGAGACAUUACAGCCGGGGAGGAACUAUUUUCCAACUACUUCACCAUUGUGCGUUAGAGUCAAAAUACACUCCAGUGUUCUGCUGUGAUGUCAGAGCGGAAGAAAAAACACAUUUUCUAAAUUCAAACUAUAUUUUGAGAAUCAUCAUCUGACUUUGUAAAAAAGUUACACCUCUCUUUGUAUAGUGAGAAUUGGAAUGAAGGCCCAAACUGGCUAGUAUGGUUUAACAAACAAUAAAUUAUAUGCACAAGAAACAACUGGUCUUAUUUCACAUAACAUUUAGGGGUAUACAUUGUAGGAAUAGUGUAUAAAGAUGGAUGCAAGAUGGGCAACUGUCAGAUCUGCAUGUCCAAGACCAAAGGACAGUGGUGAGAGUGGUAUUUAGAUCCCGUACUUAAGUGAAAGCUUCAAUACUGCAAUGUAAAAACACUCGAUUACACGUUAAAAUCCUGCAGUCAAAAUGUUACCAAAUGUCACCAACAAAAUGUACUAAAGUAU